AUGGGCGAAGGUGUAGAACCUAGGUUGUAUGGAGAAGACCUUAAAUCUUCCACUAAGAAGUUGUUGGGCCUCCAACGCAGAAUAAAAGAUAGAUGGAGAGGGGAAGGUGAAGAGAAGAUGGAUGGUUUGACGCGGACUGAUGAACUUGUUUUUGUUUUGGCGGCAACAAACCUACCUUGGGAAUUGGAUGCGGCCAUGCUUCGUCGCCUUGAAAAGCGGAUCCUGGUACCCCUGCCAGAACCUGAAGCAAGAAGAGCCAUGUUUGAGGAACUGUUGCCAUCAGUACCUGGUGAAGAUAAACUUCCAUACGAUUUAUUGAUGGAAAGGACAAAUGGUUAUUCAGGUUCUGAUAUUCGUUUGGUUUGCAAAGAGGCUGCCAUGCAGCCCCUGAGACGGUUAAUGGGACUUCUUGAAGAAAAGCAAGAAUUGGUGCCUGAGGAUGAUGUGAUUUUUGUUGUUUCCAUUAUUGUAAAAGACAUCCAAAGGCCAUGA